UAUUGUGUGUACUGUGGGAGACCAGAUAUAGUGAAUGCAGGGUCCUGGGAGACCAGAUAUAGGGAAUGCUGGGUCUGGGGGAGACCAGAUAUAGUGAAUGCAAGGUCUGGGGAGACCAGAUAUAGUGAAUGCAGGAUCUGGGGAGACCAGAUAUAGUGAAUGCAGGGUCCGGAGAGACAAGAUAUAGUGAAUGCAGGGUCCGGGGAGACCGGAUAUAGGAAUGCAGGGUCCGGAGAGACCAGAUAUAGUGAAUGCAGGGUCCUUGGAGACCAGAUAUAGUGAAUGCAGGGUCUGGGGAGACCAGAUAUAGUGAAUGCAGGGU